AUGGGUAAAUUUAUAACGCCACAACAAUACUUUUAUUUACCCAAGAAUGUUAAGUAUUACUUGGAGAUUGAGAACGAGAGGGUGGAUAAACGAAUCAAAAAACUUGAAGAUGACUUGGAGAAACUAAAAAGAUUUGUACUUAAUGUUUCUAAAGCUGCAAGUUGCCAAAUAGGGGGCGUCAUUGAAGAUUUUGAAAAACAACCAGAUAAUUCAUGUCUUCUUGCGGUUGAAUUUGCUGCAAAUGUAGUUGCUAAAGGAACCAUAAUGAAGUAUAGUGCAUCAGAUGAAAACAUUGAAGUUAUGAUUGAAACAAUUUUGAAAGGAGAAGCUUUAAUACCCUUUCCACUUGAAGAGGAGUUCAUUGUGAAGGUCAAAGAUGGACUGGGAUACAUACUGAGCUGGCCAAGACACUUAGUUAUUCGAUGCUCUAACCUGGGAAAAGUGGUGGCGAAAUCUGUGAAAAAGCAUGCAACACCAGUGAAGAAAGCUGCAACACCAGUGAAUGAAGAUGUAACACCAUUGAAGGAAGAUGCAACACCUCCAAAAGAAGAAAUAGGAAGUAAUAAGAAAGAAAAUGGGACAGGAUAA